AUGGCCACCGAGACCCGCCGUUCAAACGGCACGCGCCUCGAUGCCUCCCUCGGCAUCACUGAGCGCAUCGCCCCGAGCACGACGGCUUGGACAGGCGACAUGCGCAAGAGAUACACAGAUUUUCAAGUCUACGAGAUCAACAGAGAUGGCUCCGUCCUCCACCUAACGGAAACCUCUCUCCCACCUCCCCCAAAGGAACCCACCCCUCCGCCGGCUGCUGAGGAGAAGAAGGAGGAGACGGAGGAAGUCAAGGAGGAAACCAAGGCGGAAGAAGUCAAGACAGAGGAGACUCCUGAGAACGUCGAGAAUGGCGAAAACGGCGAGAACGGCGAAACCUCCAAGCCCGCCGUCCCUGAGAUCCCCGCAGAAGACAUCGCGACCCUCGCCUCUCUCACAGACCAAGAAUUCGCCGACAAGCUCGUGGCAAUGUUCAACACAAUCAGCGCCGACAAGAACGCCAAACCCGAACCCGCGACGUCGCCCGUCAUGGACGACAAGGAAAAGCGCGGCCAACUCCAUCAGCAAGUCCGCCGCAUCUUCAACUCGGUGAUCGACACGACCACAGACACCACGGGCGCCAUCGUCGCCAAGAUCACACCUCCCCGCGGCAAGGGCAGAGGCGUGCGCGGAGGCGGGCCUCAGCAGCAGAAGAAGCAGCAGCAGCAACGGCAACCCAAGGUCAAGGCCCCCGGCGAGGGCGAGUACCUCCACUUCACACUGUACAAGGAGAACCGCGACACCAUGGAUGCCACGGGCCAGAUCGCGAGGGCCCUCCGCAUCAAGCCCCAGGCCGUCGGCACCGCCGGCACCAAGGACCGCCGCGCCGCGACGACGCAGCGCUGCUCCAUCCGUCAUGGCCGCGCCGACGCCCUCGUCCGCGCCAACUCCCGUCUCCACGGCGUCAUCACCGGCGACUACCUCUACGCCACGACCCCGAUCCACCUCGGCGCGCACGCCGGCAACGAGUUCGUCAUCGCGCUGAAGGACUGCGCCGUCGCGGGGACCCCCGACCUCCCCCACGACGAACGCCAGGCCAAGAUCCGUGAGUCCGUCGGGUCCGCCAUGGCGAGCAUGCACUCGCGCGGCUGGAUCAACUACUUCGGCCACCAGCGCUUCGGGACCCACGCCGUCGGCACCCACGAGGUCGGCCGCCUCAUCCUGCAGGAGGACUUCGAGGGCGCCGUCAACGCCAUCCUCACCUACGACGAGGACGUCGCCAAGCGCGCCGCCGGCGGGGAGGUCCCCUCCGAGGGCCACGCCCGGGACGACUUCAACCGCCAGCACGCCUGCAUGCUCUUCCGCCAGGGCGGCACCAUGGACGACGCCGUCAAGAUCCUCCCGCGCCGCUUCAACGCCGAGGCCAGCGUCAUCCGCCACCUCGGCAGGCCCAACCAGACCUCGCGCAGAGACUUCUUCGGCGCCCUCACGAGCAUCACCCGCGGCCUGCGCAACAUGUACCUCCACGCCUACCAGUCCUACGUCUGGAACCACGCCGCCAGCCACAGGUGGCGUCUGUACGGGGACAAGGUGGUCGAGGGCGACCUCGUCUUCACGCAGUCCCAGGCCGAGGCGGAGAACGACGACGACGACGACGCGGCCACCGCCGACGCCCGCGCGCUGACCGCCGAGGAGGCGGCCUCGGGCAGGUACACGAUCCACGACGUCGUCCUCCCCUCGCCGGGCCACGCCGUGGUCUACCCGACCAACGCCCUGGGCGAGUUCUACACGACCUUCAUGAGGGACAACGGCGGUCUCGACCCGGCCAAGAUGCUCCGCCGGCACCGCGAGUUCAGCCUGCCCGGCGCGUACCGCAAGUUCGCCGUGCGCUUCCUCGCGGAGCCCGCGUUCGAGGUCCGCGCGUACGAGGACGACAACGAGCAGAUGCACCCGACGGACAUGGAUCUCAUCCGCGCCAGGCGGGGCGGCGACCAGGCGUCGUCGUCCAAGAAGCGCGGCCGCGAGGGGGAGGAGGAUGACGGUGCGAACAAGAAGGCCAAGACCGAGACGGAAGAGGCCCCGGCCGAGGAGGUCAAGACCGAGACCGGGGCGGAGGUUCCGGCCGCAGAGGCCGGGUCCGAUGUGAAGAUGGAGGAUGCGGCGGUCGCGCAGCCCGAGAAGGCCGAGCCUGAAGAGAGUAAAGUGGAGCCGGCGACGAAGAAGACGGCUGUGGUGGUCACUUUCCAGCUCCCCAAGAGCGCCUACGCAACCGUGGCCCUCCGCGAGUUGAUGGGCGUGGAUGAGUCCGAGGUGACGGCGAAGGCAUGA